GAAAUAUAAUGGAGAAUAAUAAUAAUAAUAAUAAUUCUCAUGAUCAAUAUGGUAGAAAAGUGAUGAAGGAUGUCUCUCUUCAGGAGCUUAGAGAGAGGCUUGUUGAAUUUUCUAGAGUUAGAGGUUGGGAUCAGUAUCACAGUCCUAGAAACCUUCUCCUAGCUUUGGUUGGAGAAGUGGGAGAGCUAUCAGAGAUAUUUCAGUGGAAGGGUGAAGUUGCAAGGGGUUUACCUAACUGGACAUCAGAUGAUAAGGAGCAUUUGGAAGAAGAACUUUCUGAUGUUUUACUCUAUUUGGUUCAGCUAGCUGAUGUUUGUGGACUUGAUUUAGGUCAAGCAGCACUUACUAAGAUUGUCAAAAAUGCUCAAAAAUACCCUGUUACUAAACCUACUUAAUUA